GUCAGUGUUACGCAAUGCAGUAUGGGAGGUCAUUGUCGUUGGAUCGUGGUGUGUUUAACCUUGUGGCAGCAGAGCUGUUUAAGGGUGUUGGUAGGGAGAAUUCAACUUUUUCAUUUGUAUGUAUAUUUGAGCAUUACCUAACUGUCACCCACGAUGUCACUCGCUGCAGAGGCGUUUGUCUCCCAAAUCGCAGCAUCUGAACCCUGGCCAGAAAAUGCUACUCUGUACCAGCCACUAAGGGAUAACCAGAUUCUGCUGUCGGACUGCGCCUCUUCCCUUGCUGUCCAGGCAUAUCUGCGUAUGUGCGACCUGCCACUGAGAGUCUGUUGUCGGGCCAACGCCGAGCACAUGUCUCCCUCUGGCAAAGUGCCCUUCAUCCAUGUGGGAAACCAGGUUGUGUCGGAGAUGGGGCCCAUCAUUCAGUUCACAAAGGCUAAGGGUCACUCCCUGAGUGAUGUGCUAGAUGACGUUCAGAGGGCGGAGAUGAAAGCCUAUAUGGAGCUUGUGAACAACAUGUUGCUGACUGCAGAGCUGUACAUCCAGUGGUGUGACGAGACCACAGCAGCAGAGAUCACCAGGCCUCGGUACAGCAGUCCCUAUCCUUGGCCAUUGAAGCACAUCCUGGCCUACCAGAAGCAGUGGGAGGUGCGGCGUAAGAUGAGUGCUGUCGGUUGGGCAGAGAAGACCCUGGAGCAGGUGUAUGAAGAUGUGGCCCAGUGCUGCCAGGCACUAUCGCAGAGACUCGGCACACAGAUGUACUUCUUUAAUAAACAGCCCACGGAGCUGGAUGCCCUGGUCUUUGGACACCUUUUCACUAUCCUUACCACCCAGCUGACCAGCAACGAGCUCAGUGCCAAGGUCAAGACCUACAGCAACCUGCUGACCUUAGUGCACCGCAUCGAGCAGACCUACUUUGAGGGCCCGGACCAGGCUGGGCCGAGCGGAGCCGGGCCCUGGGCCCCUCCUGAGGUCUGAGCAGCAUUCCCCUAGUGCUCUCAGGCACUCAUAUUCUCUGUUUCCACUCUUUGUUUUUCAUUUGUUGUUCCAAAAAAGAAUAAAGUAUUGUAACUUGUA